CGUACAUUCUCGAUCACGUGACUCGUUCCGAGAUCAGUGUGAGACAGAAUUUGAUGAAAAGAACACCAUGUCAGGUUCAGGAAUUGCGCUUGGUCGCCUAGCAGAAGAGAGGAAAGGUUGGAGAAAAGACCAUCCAUUCGGUUUUGUUGCCAAGCCAGUAAAGAAUGCCGAUGGUACAAUGAAUUUGCUGAACUGGGAAUGUAAGAUCCCAGGAAAGAAAGGGACACCAUGGGAGAAUGGACUUUACACACUGAGAAUGCUUUUUAAGGAGGACUACCCCAGUACACCCCCAAAAUGUAAAUUUGAGCCUCCACUGUUCCACCCAAAUGUGUAUCCAUCAGGAACAGUGUGUUUGUCAUUACUGGAUGAAGAGAAAGACUGGAGGCCUGCUGUUACAAUAAAACAGAUACUCCUAGGGAUUCAGGAGCUUCUGAAUGAGCCGAAUAUCAAGGACCCUGCACAGGCUGAAGCAUACACCAUUUACUGUAAGAAUAGACAAGAGUAUGAGAGGAGAGUCAGAGAACAGAGUGUACAGUUGAAGGACCCCAAUGCGCAAAUGUAACAUUUAUAACGUGAACUAACUUGGAACUCAACUGGUGAAAUGACACGUGGUUUCUGCUUGGCUGCACAAGUUCCCUGUGUUUUAUCAGUUGCUACAUGUGCCCAAACAGACCUGCUGGGUCGACUGAAUAAUCAUGAAGACAUUGAAACUGUGUAGCCAUCGAUGAAGGACCGAUCUUGGGUUCCCAUAUGGCAUGCAUAGUCUUACAUUUCAUUUCUCAAAACAGAGAGCUUUCUAGAUAUCUGUAAUUAUUUUACCAAAAAAUAAAGUUUUUUUUUUUGAAAGGACGAAGAUGGGAAUGAAUUUAAACAAUCACUUCUUUUCAUGAAUAAAUUUUUAAUCAUUGCUAGUCUUUGUUGCUGCAAGUCACAUGGGAAUAUUGCUGGACACUGAUUUCACAUAUGACAUUGUCAGUUUCCUUUUCCAAACUGUUUAUUUUUUGUAUUAUAUUAGCAUGAAUCUGGCAUUGAAUUACAAAAUAAGCUGCCUGAUGUAAGUUGCCUAGAUUUCUUUAGCUAUGUCAUGUUUCACAGGAAACAGCAUGGCAUUGUAUAUGUUACUGUCAUGAUACAGUUUUGCAAGUGAACUGAUAUGUUAUUGAACAUAUAUUCAAUUAUUCUGAGAUGUUGGCCAGUGACAUGCCUAUAGGAAUCCUCCAUAUCUGUGUAGCUGCAUUCCUCUGAUAUAAGCCUCAUUAUGUAUGGAGCAUAAUCACAUUGGUUGGUAUCACCUACACUGUGCUGUUUGUGGAUCAGGUUGACGUUUUAGACAUUUUCAAAACAUUCUCAUCAGUGACAUUUCUCAUCCUUCAUUGUUGUAUGGUUUUACACGUGUAACCACAUGCUUUGAAUGUUUUACGUGUAUCAUUCUCAGUGUUAGAUACUAGUGCUCCUGUCCAUUGACCCAGCCUUGCCCUGUACAGACAUAGUGGCCUCGUUCCUAUGUUGCAGUGCAGUGCUACACAAGUUACUGUAAAUGGAAUAAUAAAUUAUUUCACAGGCACAUCAUA